CAUCUUUGGUAUCGAUACUGCCGAUGAUUGGACCGAUCCGCUCCCUCGGCACCCACCACUAACUCGUGCAAGCGCCGAGUUACUCCUCCAAUUCCACGCCAUCUCAAACGGAUUUGGAGGAAAUCGUUAUGUUUUUCGGGUGUGUAAAGUCACGUGUUCAGCUGGUUCGUGAUUGGAUGAAGGUGUUUGGUGACGAUGGCGUCCUUCAGCCCGCAGAUAAAAGCAGGAGGAAAGUUCCGGCAGCACGCAAAGCAAGCAGGAGGUGAGAAGCAGACGUAGAAGACACCAUGGAGAGGUUCUUGAGCUUCGUUGUGGUCUGCGUGGGCGUGUCUUUGCUCGUGUCCUGUCCCUCCGUGCAAGCCUGGUACAAGCAGUCUACCGGACCCACCUACUACUCGGUGGGUCGCGCCUCCGGGCUGCUCUCCGGGAUCAGGAGGUCUCCCUACGUGCGCAGGUCCGAGUCCCAGGAGACGUUGAUGGACAGCGAGGACUCGAGCAACUUGUCUCCGGAGACGAGCAGGCAGAUCUCCUUGCUCAAACGGAUGGCGAUUUGCGUGAAGGACAUCUCUCCAAACCUAAAGAGCUGCGAGCUUCUGCAGGACGGAACCGGGACCUUCCAGUGCAAGGCCGACAUCUUCCUCACCCUGGACUCUCUGGACUGCUUGUCCGCAUGAGUCCUGCUGGGCCCAAGGACCCAAGGACGCUCACUUUGCCCAUUGUAAACCCUUGGAUGUUCGAUCAUCGGUAUUAUUGCAGUAGUACUAGUAGUAGUAGUAGUAGUAUGUUCCCCUUUGGCUCGAGGAGUCUUUCCAUUCUUUAUUCAUCGAUGGCUUCAGACCAACCCUGGCAGGCAAGGCUGAAAUGUAUUCAAACAUUCAUAAAGUUGACUUUCCUGUAAAUAGUCUUCUUAUUUUUAUCUAUUAAAAUGACCAAACACUUGA